GAAAGAAAGAAAAGAGAAUAUGCUUCGCUCUUCUCUGCACAUAUCCUUUUAACACGCCAAUUAGAUGAUAGAUUUUAUUCUUAGCAUCACUGUUCUCACAUAUUUAUCUAUUCAAUUCUUCAUUCUUAGACGAUUUCAAACCUUUUAGCUUCUUCUCUCUUCUCAUCUCUCUUCAACAUCGCAUUACAGGUGGAAGAUUAUGGAGCUCGUUCAAGAGCUGUUCAUGACCGCCUUUGUGGCGAUCAUCUUUUCUUUUGUUGUCGCGAAACUCGUCUCGAUUGCGAUGGCAGGUGAUGUUGUUGAGCGCGAUUUGCCGUUGAAGUCAAGUGAAUUCGUUGUUGAUAGUGAAAUAGUUGCAGAGGAGGUGAAGUUGACCAGUGGAUUAAGAGUUGGCGGUACGAAAAGCAAAGAGAGAGUGCAGUUUGUUGAAGGAAUUGUUACUCAAAUUGAUGAAUUCAAAAGCAAAAUAUCGGCUGAAAAUGUGGAAGUAAAGUCCCACGGUAGGGAAUUUGGUGAGAUAUGUUGUGAAUCGGAGGAGGUAUGUGAUACUAGUGCUGCUGUUAGAAUUGAAGGUAACGAGGAGGAGGAUUCUGGAGAAGUUUCGCAAGGGAUUGGAUUUUCGGAGAAGCCAUUUGAGGGACGGUCUGAUGUGGAGGGUUUUGGAGUGGACAUUGUCGGUGGACUUGAGAGUAGAGCUAAGGAAGAAAAUAUUAGAAGUGGAUUGGAUGAAUUGGCUCUUGAAGAAAAGAGCGAGUGUACUAUUGAGGCUGCGGCUGAUCAAUUCGAUUAUAGUGUUAAGGAAGAAAUUAUAUUGGCCACUGGUUCUGAUAAUUUGAUUGUUGAAGAGAAAAACAUUGAGUGUGCAAAGCGGGACAAUGAGAUAAAUGUGGAAUCGGGGAGUGAUGUUGUUGUUGUUGAUCAAAGUGAAAAGGCUCAAAUCGUGGAGGCUGGAGAGAAUCAAAGGAGUGGAGUUGAAGAGAGGGAGGGGUUGGGGAUUGAAGAGGAUGAUGAUUGGGAGGGGAUUGAAAGGAGUGAGUUGGAGCAGUUUUUUGCCGCUGCUGCAAAAUAUGUUAGUAACAAUGAUGAUUGGUUAGCGAAUCUGCGGAGUGAUGUGCAAAUGCAGUUGUAUGGACUUCACAAGGUUGCAAUGGAAGGGCCUUGUCAUGAGCCUCAACCCAUGGCGCUGAAAGUCUCUGCCCGCGUCAAAUGGAAUGCGUGGCAAGGGCUGGGGAACAUGAGUCCAGAAGUGGCUAUGGAGAAGUAUAUCAGCAUUCUUUCAGAUACAGUUCCUGGAUGGAUAAAAGCCGAUCCUGGUAAACCUUACUCUUCAGAAUCUGGCAUGCCUAGUGGUCCAGAUCCCAACAGAAGUGCAUUUUUAGACAUACAGCCAGAAACUAAUGAAAUAGAAGUGGAAGUGAAGGUUGGUAUUGAUGGAGGUGAACUGACUGGGGGCUCAAACUCCGCAAACAAGGAUGAAGAAUGAUAUAUGAUUUCUUCCCCAACCACUACUGCCAUUCUUCUGUGUUAGCCCAACUUGAGACAAGGCUAAUUCCUGCUGCCAAGUGUAGGAGUGUGCUUCAAAAAAUGAAGGUCUUGUGCUGUUAAACUAUCAUUUAUUUGUCCAUAAGGGUACUUGAUAUCUCAUUUUAUGACUAUGCUGUGCACAUAUGUAUACAUGAAGUAUUUGUAUGCCUUGAUGAUGAUGGUAUUGCAGUAAGGUAAAUAAUG